CACGCAUGCGCAUAUCAUUCCCGCUAAAAAAAUACAAAAAUGCUAAAAAUUUACAAAAUAUUCAAUAUUUGGUAAACAAGUGACUUUAUUGAAUGCAUUUUCUCUUUUGUAUGAGGAUCUCACUCACAGGAUAACUCAGCAAAAUGCCUGGAAUGCUCAAAUAUAUCGAUGUGGAAAACUUUAAAUCGUACAAGGGAAAACAAAGAAUUGGGCCUUUCAAGAAUUUCUCUGCAAUCAUUGGUCCAAAUGGAUCCGGAAAAUCUAACUUGAUGGAUGCCAUCAGUUUUGUGCUAGGUGAAAAGACAAACCAACUUCGCUGUAAAAGACUCAGUGAUCUCAUUCACGGUGCUCCUAUCAACCAACCAGCAGCUACAACCGCGAGGGUAACGGCUGUAUAUACAGAGGAAAAUGGAGAUGAGACACAUUUUGCCAGGAUUAUACAUGGGUCUGCCUCUGAGUUCCGCAUAAAUGGCAAGCAUGUAACACAACAAGAGUAUGGAGCAGCCUUGGAGAAAAUUGGCAUCCUGAUUAAGUCCAAGAACUUCUUGGUGUUUCAAGGUACAGUUGAGAGCAUCGCUAUGAAGAAUGCUAAAGAAAGGACAGCCAUGUUUGAGGAAAUUAGCAGAUCAGGUGAGAUGAAAGAGGAGUAUGACAGGUUAAAGGCUGAGAUGAUGAAGGCGGAGGAAGAUACACAGUUCAAUUACCACAAGAAGAAAGGUAUAACUGCAGAGAAAAAAGAGGCCAAGAUGGAGAAAGAAGAGGCUGAUAAGUUCCAGAGAUUGAAGAAUGAUAUGAUUGAGAAGCAGCUUGAGUUACAACUAUUCAAGCUUUACCACAAUGAGCGUGAGUUAGAUGAACAGACGGAAGAUCUUGACCACAAGAACAAGAUUCUCGGUAAAGAGAAUCGCAAGCGUGAAAAGAUUGAAGAUGAAAUUAAAGAGAAGAAGAAGGAACAAGCAAAGAUGAACAGGGAGCUUGCAAAGAUAGAACAACAAAUCAAAGAAUCCGAAGUUGAACUGAACAAGAAACGGCCUAUCUACAUCAAAGCAAAGGAAAAGACAUCACAUAUGUUGAAGAAGCUAGAGACUGCUAAGAAGUCCCUGAACAAUGCUAAGAAAGCUCAUGAGAGCCAUGCCCAGGAAAUCAAGGAGUUGGAGGGAGAGCUGGAUGAUGUUGAAAGGAAACGUGUUGAGUUUGAAGAACAGAUUGAACAGGAGUCCCAGUCACAGGGCAGAGAUCUUGAGCUAGAGGAAUCACAGGUGUCUGAAUACCAUCGCCUCAAAGAAGAGGCUGGGAAACGAGCAGCUAAAUAUCUCCAGGAGUUGGACUCUAUCAACAGAGAACACAAAACAGACCAGGACAAACUUGAAAGUGAGCAACGCAAGAAGAAUGAAAUGAUCGCCAAGAUCAGACAGAAAGAACAUGAGCGUGAAGAGAAUGAGAAACGUGUGGAGAAAUUGAAUGAUUACAUCAAAACCAGUGAGAAAACUGUCCAAGAUCAGAAGAAAACCGAAAAAACUCUUGCUAAAGAUGUUGAAGAGGCAAAGAUGAGAAUUAGCGAGAUCCAGAAGGAGCUGGAGUCAGUUAUUGAUCAGCUGGGAGAGGCGAAAGUGGACAAACAUGAGUCAUCUCGUGCUGUAAAACGAGCAGAGUUGCUGGAAAAUCUGAAGAGAUUGUUUACUGGAGUCCAUGGCAGAAUGAUUGAUCUCUGUGAGCCAAUCCACAAGAAAUACCAGAUCGCCAUCACAAAAGUCUUGGGUAAAUAUAUGGAUGCCAUUGUAUGUGACAGUGAGAAGACAGCCAAGGACUGUAUCCAAUACAUGAAGGAGCAGAGGAUUGAACCAGAGACCUUCCUACCAUUGGAUUAUCUUGAGGUCAAAGGGACCAAUGAAAAAAUGAGGGAAAUCCGUGAGCCCAAGAAUGUAAAGCUUGUGGUUGAUGUGAUCCGCUAUGAUCCACCAGUCAUCAAGAAAGCCCUGCAGUUUGCCUGUGGGAACUCGCUAGUCUGUGAGACAAUAGAAGAUGCCAGGGUAGUUGCGUUUGGUAUGGCUGAGAGACAUAAAGCAGUUGCCCUUGAUGGAACCAUGUUUGCCAAGUCUGGUGUCAUAUCCGGUGGUGCUAGUGAUUUGAAAGCAAAGGCAAGGAGAUGGGAUGAGAAACAAUUGAACACACUAAAAGGCAAGAAGGAGAGACUCUCUGAGGAACUGAAAGAAUACAUGAAGAAGAAACGCAAAGAAUCUGAGUUGAACACAAUCCGAAGUCAGAUUAAAGGGCUGGAAACAAGACUGAAAUAUUCUGUAACUGACAGGGAUAAUACAACAAAGAAACACCUAGCAACAAAUGACAAUGAGAUCCAGAAGAUGAGGGACAAGUUAGAAUUAUUUGAUCCCGAGAUGCAGGAAAUUGAAAGUCGUAUGGCAGAGAGAGGCUUACAGAUCUCAACACUAAAGGAUAAGAUGAACACAGUGGAAGAUGAAGUCUUCGCAAAUUUCUGUUCUCAAAUAGGAGUGGAUAAUAUCAGGCAAUAUGAAGAGAGGGAACUGCGUACACAGCAAGAAAGGGCCAAAAAGCGUCUAGAGUUUGAAAAUCAGAAAUCUCGUCUUAUGAACCAGUUGGAAUAUGAGAAGUCAAGAGAUACAGGAGCUAAUGUUAAGAAAUGGGAGAAGAAUGUAAAUGAUGAUGAGAAAGAACUGGAUAAAUUGAAGAAAGAGGAGAGAAAACACAUGACUGUUAUUGAUGAAGAAAUGCAAAGCCAAGAAAAGAUGAAACAACAGAAAAUAAUGAUCAAAUCGCAAGCAGAUGACAAAGACACAGAAAUUGCUGAGAUUAGGAAACGACUGAGUGUGCAAACAAAAGAGGUUCAAGCUGUGACAAAACAAAUUACAGCACUUGAAACAAAGUUGGAACAGAAAAAGGCUGAUAGACAUAGUUUACUGAAAUCUUGCAAGAUGGAGGAUAUCAAACUACCGAUGACGCGAGGCACAAUGGAGGACAUAUCCCAGGAGGCAGGUGAAUCGAGCCAAGUGGACUCCAGUAUGGACCAAAGUAGUACCAAUGUCGACAGUAUGUCCAGUCAGGGUGCCAAGGCAAUAUAUGAAAAAGAGGCUAAUAUUCGUAUAAACUACAAUAAACUAGAUGAGGAUAUGAAAGAUUUAGAUCACGCUGAUGAAGUGAGAAAGACUUUGGAGCAGUUGAAUAAACAAGUGUCAGAUAUGCAGAAUACUCUACAAAGGAUUAAUGCGCCUAAUAUGAAAGCAAUGGAAAAGUUGGAAGGUGUUAAAGACAGAUUAGUUGAAACCUCAGAAGAUUUUGAAAAAGCCAGAAGAACAGCAAAGAAAGCAAAGCAGAAUUUUGAAAAAGUUAGAAAGGAAAGAUUCGACCGAUUCAAUAACUGUUUCGAACAUGUGUCCACAAGAAUAGAUGAAAUAUAUAAGUCUUUAGCAAAGAACCAGAGUGCCCAGGCAUUUCUGGGGCCUGAGAAUCCAGAGGAGCCAUAUCUAGAUGGUAUUAACUACAAUUGUGUAGCACCAGGCAAGAGGUUCAGGCCUAUGGAUAACCUCUCUGGUGGAGAGAAGACUGUUGCUGCACUUGCCCUUCUUUUUGCCAUCCACAGCUAUAAACCAGCUCCUUUCUUUGUCCUUGAUGAGAUCGAUGCUGCCCUUGAUAACACCAAUAUAGGAAAGGUAGCGUCAUAUAUCUGCGACCAAUCUGUGUCUGCCUUCCAAUGUAUCGUAAUCUCAUUAAAAGAAGAGUUCUAUAACAGAGCUGACUCACUCAUAGGCAUAUAUCCAGAGCAAGGGGGAGAGUGCGUCGUCAGUAAAGUUUUAACGUUAGACCUGACUGCCUAUCCGGAGAAGCCAGGGAGUCCCACAAAAAGCCCCGUCAAACCAGGACGCUAAAUAAUGCAUGUUCUUAUGUUGUGUUACGAAGUUUUCAUGUUAAUUGUUGAUUCUUGGAACUGGAAAUGACCUUUGCACUACAUAUGCCUAUAUAAGGUAUUGCAUACUUUUAUGGACUUUAUGAAAAAAACUAUGAUAUCCAAGCAUUGUAGAAAGAGGUUUUUGGAAACUUUAUCAAAUCGGUGAGCAUCAGGACUGUUGUUAAAUCCAAGUAUGGUAAAAUGAGAUUUUGGAAACAACAACACUUCAGUGAAUAUCAGGACUGUUGGACCAUAGAACAACAAAGAAUAAGAACAGUUUAAAAAGUACAAUUUUUACAUUUGUACAUUCAAUCAUGUGUAUUGUCAUUGUAAAUAUUCAUUUAGUCAAAAAGGAGAAUAAUUAUGUUGAAUUUUAGAUAGAUAUUCGAUAUAUAUAUGUAUGUCAGAUGAGUGUCGGCUUCAAUGUUGUAUUCUUUCUUAUAUAGAAUUAAAGUCUACAUUUAGGAGGGCUGAACCAAACGUGUGAUUCCAUUUACUUUUUGGUAGGGUUAAAAUCAAGUGAUCGGAAUAUUUUUUCAUACAUUAUGACUGAAAUGGUUAUUUAUUGUCUAGUCUAAAAAUAAAAAAGGAAAUAAUACAGGUUCAUUGGCAAUCUUAUUUAUUUCUACGAUUGCAGAGAUUGAAUUUUUUUAAAUCUUGUGAUAGAGGCAAGAGUUGAUUGUUUCUUGUAUUUGUAUGUUAGAAAAUAUUGUUUACAAAUACUUUAGUUGUAAAAUAUUGUAUUUGAUGGUAGCAAAUCUGCAUAGUGUAUUUUAUUGUAGAAUACAUAUUCAUUUUAUCAUAUUUAAAAACAAAAAGUUGUUAAGUGCAUUUAUAUUUGAAGCUGUGAGAAAUAUCCAAAUCAUAUGCUGUGAAA